UGGCUCUGCCACUCUAUGAUUCUUUAUUCCGUUGUCGUAAGUGAAGCGGUUCCGCAUUGCUGUAGCUAUGUUCCAGCCCACAGGAAGUUUUUGUAUAGUACAGUCAUGCAAAUGCUAUAGCACUUGAGAGCUGUCACCUGCAGGUUUUUAUAUUUGCACUUAUACCAUUGUCCUGUCAGGUAGUCGAGCUGUGAAUUAUGUAACAAUGGACUGUUGUAUUUGUGAAUUUGUCCUGGCUUUAGCUGCACUUGCACUAGUAUCUCUAUUACUGCUCUCCGUUAUUGCACAUGUUACUGCUACAUCAAUGCCAAAUCUGCAUCGCCAUGAAGAGGAGAAAUUUUUCUUAAAUGAGACUGGAAAGAAAGAACUUUUUCCAAGUGUACAUGAUCCUCCGAGCAAGGAGCUAUCUGUUGUUGUACCUUCAUACAAUGAAGAGUCACGUUUACCAGUGAUGAUGGACGAGGCACUAGAAUAUUUGGAGAAAAGACAGAAGCAGCACAAUUCGUUCACUUAUGAAGUUAUUGUGGUUGAUGAUGGCAGUACCGAUCAAACAACUAAGGUUGCACAAAAGUAUUCCAAACAGUUUGGCAGCGACAAGGUACGAGUUCUCACACUGGUGAAGAAUCGCGGAAAAGGUGGUGCUAUCAGAAUGGGUGUCUUAAGUUCUACAGGGAAGAACAUUCUAAUGGCAGAUGCUGAUGGUGCCACCAAGUUUGCAGAUCUUGAAAAAUUAGAAGCUGGUCUCAAGGAUCUUCAGAAGCCCUGGCCAGACAAUAUGGCCAUCUCAUGCGGCUCCCGUGCGCAUUUAGAGAAAGAGUCAGUUGCUCAGCGGUCUUACGUCCGAAGUUUUCUCAUGUAUGGGUUCCACUUUCUGGUUUGGUUCCUGUGUGUGAGGGGUAUUCGGGAUACUCAGUGUGGAUUCAAGCUUUUUACCAGAGAGGCUGCAUUAAGACUGUUUACAUUACUUCAUAUCGAUCGAUGGGCAUUUGAUGUAGAAUUACUCCACAUAGCCCAGCAUUUUAGUAUACCAGUGGCAGAAAUUGCCGUCAACUGGACAGAAAUUGAUGGUUCCAAACUGGUUCCCUUCUGGAGCUGGCUACAAAUGGGCAGAGAUCUCCUGUUUAUUCGACUGCGAUACCUUACAGGUGCCUGGAAGUACGAGUCUCAUCAAAAAGAGAACUGAGUUGUCUUACAUAAAAGAACAGCCCUUGCAGCGGAGACAUACAGCACCAUUUCUAACAGUGUAAAUAUAAUGCUGGGGAAAUUACUGUUACUGUAUCGGACGGUGAUAACGUGCUUUUACUUCUUUUAGUCUUAUUUUGAAAUAUCAGUAGUAGUAAAACCUUCUAAUUCUUUGACUGGGUCAAAGGAUUGCAUUCUAAUCAAAAGCUGUUGUUAUAACAGAAAGAAAAGUUGUAAUUUUGUAUUAUGAAAGUGUUCACCUUGACAUGGUGUAUUAUGUUACAAUCACUUUGCCAUAAAUACAAUAAAUUCAAAAUUCAAUUGAUAAA